AUUAAAAUGAAUUUUAAUGUCUGGAAUAUCAAAGAGAUGCUCAGUAUUCCCUCAGGCUCUGGGAUCACUAAACCAUCUAACUGGAAUAGUAAUCAGACUGAUUGUUCUUCUCUCAGUGAUUCCCAGUUCCUCUUUGGAUCUCAGUUUUGUCCAGAAAAUUCAGAGAUUCUGUCCACAUCCUUGGAUGUUGGUGCCUACUCAAGACAUUCAAAACAGACACAACAGAAUUCUGUAGAUAAUGAACCUAGCAUUUUCACAAAAUACCAGACAAAGCCCCAGUUGUUUGGAGGCGAAACGAAGGAUGAAGGCUUGUUUUCUCUUCCUUUGCCAGUUGGAAAAUCAAAAGGACUCUUGAAACAGUUUGAGGAAAAAAAACGAAGGACAACGGACAAAUGUGACAGUGAGAUGCUGUACAACUUUGUUUCUCAUUUUCAAGAAGUCAUUCACAAGUUGCAGACAUCUGUGGAAAAGUCUGAGGAACAUCUCAGUUCAAGAAGCCAAUCUAUUUUGGAUUCUUUGGAGACUAUAGCCAAGACAAUUCAAGAGACUGCACAGGUCCAGCGUGACUUGAUGUUUGAGGCAGUACGAGACAAAGGCAAUAUGGAACAGGCCAUCCUUGAGAUACAGAAGAGAUUUGAAGCUAGACAAGCCGAGUUUAUGGAGAUGAAAUCCAACCUGAAGAACCUGGAAGUUUUAGUUGCCCAGCAGAGUAAGGACUUCCAGCAGCUUUGUGAGAGGCUGGGCCAGCUCAAUGUGCCUGGUGUCGUAGAAGAGCUGAAAAAACUCAUCUCUGCACCUCAGGUAGCUGGGCAUCUGAAAGACAGCACCUCCCAGACCUCACCAGCUCAGGCCCAGAGCCUUCAUUUUACCGGGCAGGAAAAAUACACCUCUGAGGGGCCAGCUGCUCAGCAGGCCCAGGUGUCUCCUGCAGGGAAUCCCAGGAGGAGUUCCCAGAGGUCUAGGGAGUUUGGCAUCUCGGAUGAAGGAGCAGAGAGUGAUGUUUUUCAAAAGGCUGCAUUGCCAACAGAUGGGCCCCAUAGAGGAAAUGAGCACUUGAAGAACAAGACCAUGCAGACUUACUGCAAGAACUGGGUUAUCACCACCAGAAGCCUCAGUAACCACUGCUCUAGCCUCCCAAGCCAGAAGGCUGGCAGUGACCAGGAACUAACGGCCCAAGAAGCCUCACAGCUGGACUUAAAUAAGUUUGACUCCAGAGUGAAGAAUGUCUGCCCCCAGUAUGAAGCCCAAAGCCUGUGUUCUGACUCGUUUGAACAGUUAGCAGCUGAACAGAAAGGCAGGACCCAAGGAAAGGGAAGGAAAGGCAAGAAGCAGCAACCCAGGAAAGCUCAGAGAGGCAGGCUUCUAGCUAGGAGGCGAGAACAAACCCCAAGGAAGGCCUGUGCUUUCAUCGCUAAGCAUGCAAGUCCCCAGGCUCCAGGUUCGAGCCCACAGGGGCUCAUCAGUUGGCGGGCUCCAAGAAGCUACACAAAGUCAGCCCGUCAUAUUCUGGGAAGAAGAGUGAGGACCAGUAAGACAGCAAGGGAAGCACACGGGGGAAUCCUGCAGUCUACCCAGCACUCCUCCCCAGACCAGGAGUGCUUAUCCAGCAGUUCCCAGGGGGAUCAGCAGAUAAAUUGGUUCAGUGACCUCAGCCUUGAAAACCCAGAGCCUCGUCUCUGUAAGAAGGGAGGGAAGAAUUUGCUCUGCGAUCCUGAUUUUGACAGCAGUGAUGAUAACUUCUAAUGCUCCCAACAGUGACUUCAGCUGAUGGUUCGUUGAUCUCAGAAAGACAAAGUGUGGGACAUUUGGACUGGGCAGUAGCAUGCAGUGUCUGAAGCUGGCUUAUCCAGCCUCAGAGUCAGAGGCCCUGGCUGAUGGUGGUCAGUAGGAGGUGGGUGAGAAUCCAGUAUUGUGGGCCACUCAUGACAAGGAUAUAGAAGUAAGGACAUCCUUAGUUAAGAGGAAGAAAUGUGUGGGGACAAUGACAAGCUCAGUCAGCUGUGGUGAGGCAUCGGGAAGGCAGUUGUGUGUAUCUGGAGGAAGGAAGGGGCAUAGCUUCCUUAUGAAUACAAUCUAGAGGAACUCUCAGGAUUCUCGUGGCUGUAUAACUAGCUCUUGAAAUCAUCCCUACACCUUUCUGAACCUCAGAAUUUUAUUAUUAUUUUUCAACCUAGUUAUACUGUCAAAGAGUUUUGUCUUUGGCAUGAGAGGACAUAUUACAGGACACACGAUUAGACAGGAAUUCAUUAUGUAGGCUUGGCUGGCCUUGUAUUUACAAUCCUCCUGCCUCAUCCUCCAGUGCUGGUACUACAAGCAUGUCUCAAUUCUCAGCUGUAAAUCAGUCUACUUAAGAACAGAGUGUUAGCUGGGCAGUGGUGGAGCACUUUAAUCUCAGCAUUCGGCAGGCAAAG